UCCAUUUUUCCGAAUUCUUGAAAAUACAAAAGGGGGGCGGGGUUAGGAGUAGAUGGGGAAGGAAACGGCUCAAGGGAAGUAAUGGUGAGAAGAAGAAAUCAGUAGUUGCAAAUGGAGUCUUGGUUACGGCCUUUCUUGGCUAAAACUCUUAAUUGGGUCUCCACUCCAAACCUCCACAAAUAUGGAGCUGUUUUGAAUAGGUUCCUGCCAGGCAUCCUGGCAAAUGAGGAGGCAACAAAAAGGACAUCGCAGGAUGACAUAUCACAAAAUGUUGAGGAAGUACAGAAAAUCAUAGGGUACGACUUUAAUGAUCGGAAUUUAUUGCGGCAAGCUUUUACACAUACGUCGUAUCACAAGGACUGUAUAUCUUAUGAGCGGCUCGAGUAUGUGGGUGACUCUGUUCUUAACUUUAUGAUCACAAAAGAACAUUUUUUUAAGUAUCCAAAUCUUCCACCUGGGUUGUUGUCACCUCUACGUGCUGCAAAUGUUGACACAGAGAAGCUUGCGCGUGCUGCUGUUAAGCAUAGUUUUCACAAGUAUUUACAGCAUGGAAAGCCUAUCCUUACGCGACGAAUUCAAUCAUUUAUAAAUGUUAUUCCUGAGUACCCUUUGCAUUCCCAUGGAUUGAUAGAUGCUCCAAAGGUGCUUGCUGAUGUUGUUGAAUCAACGAUAGGAGCAGUAUUUAUUGAUAGCAAUUCUUCAAUUGACACUACCUGGGAGGUAGCGAAGAUUCUAUUAGAGCCCAUAAUUACACCGGGAAUGCUUGAAACAAAUCCGGUGAAGAAGCUAUAUGAGACCUGCCAGAAGCAUAAACUUAAAGUUCGAGUAGUCGAUAUGUGGUCACAUGAUGGGAGUUUUGAAGUUUUUGUUGACGAUCAAAUGAGGGGAAAAGGCAUGUGCCAUGUAAAGAAAGAAAUUGCAUUAAACAGAGCUGCAAACAAGGCAUAUAAUGAAGUUAUUGGAAUGCUAAGUGUUGGCAAUAUAAAUAUGUAGCUCAUAGCUAAUAAUCUGGCAUUACAAAUACAACUAUUUGUUUCUAUGUUGUUCCUUAUUGCAAGUUGAAAUACAUACUCAUUGUUUUGAAAAAUCCACAAGGCAUUGUUUUGAUUGAGUUAUUUUUUA